CUGGCCGUGGUGCUGAACACUCGCUCGGUCAAUCGCCUCAACCACUGCACGCUGGGCACCAAAGGGUCUGGAUCUCAACAUCUCCGAUACUGACAACUAUAUGGGAUUUCGGGGGGAAGCCCUGAAGUAAUCGGGCGAAAUGAAUCCGGAGGGAAACAGCCGCGAAUUUUAAGAUAGACAUCAACAUUGCAUUUUGGAAAGUCAGAAUUAAACCUGCUGCUGAGAUGGACUUUCGGGCACGGAGUCGCUGAACAUGAUGUCCAUCGCGAGAUCCUGCAUCUUCUUUACUUAAUGUAAUGUUUCAUUUUAGUCCGUUCGGUACGUCAUUUUUCAUAAUGAUAUAAACCAAAUCGUGCAAAAGCAAAAAGACAACUAUUUUAUUUGGAUUCUUCGACAUUUUAUUUUCUGGAGGAAAACAACCCAUGCUGAGAUAUGGCUCGUCUUCUUGUUUUCAUUAACUCUGUUGGACUGUUGCUCUUCGGAAGUCAAACGCUUCUGGUGGUAGCAAACCGUCCACCUCCUCCAGUGAAUGUGUCAGUCAUGCACCUGAGAGCUGAUUCAGCAACAGUAUCCUGGGAAGUACCUGAGGGUGACAUCAUCAUUGGCUUUUCCAUCUCACAACAGAGAAUGGACGGCAAAAUGCAGAGGUUUAUCAGAGAGGUCAACACCACCAGUAGAUCCUGCGUGCUGUGGGACCUGGAGGAAGAGACAGAUUACAUCAUCCAGGUGCAGUCCAUCGGUCUUUAUGGCGAGAGUCAAGCCAGCAAACGCUACCACUUCAGAACCCUCAAGAAAACCGACCGCUUCCCAUCAAACAGCUCAAACCAAGAUGACCCAACUGUGCAAGGGCUGGAUAAAGCAAGACACCUACAGACAGGCGAGAUGAUCAUCAUUGUGGUUGUGCUUCUCAUGUGGGCAGCUGUAAUCGCACUGUUUUGCCGGCAGUAUGACAUUAUAAAGGACAAUGAUUCCAGCAACAGUAAAGAGAAGGUAAAGCCGUCCUCAGAGAGAAGUACACCAGAACACCACAGUGGAGGGCUGCUCCGGAGCAAGUUCCACCAGUCUGUGCCAUCAAUCAACAUCAUCGAGGUGUGAUGGGAAUUCUGUAGACGUCAGUCACGCCCUCCAUUGCACCACCUGCCUUAUCAGGAUGAAAGUGUAUCGCUCAUAUUCUCCAUCAACUAUCCACAUGGAACGCCACACCGGCCCUACUGUUAUCAGUUGCCCCUCGAGCUAACACUCAGCCCACCCAUAUGCAGACCUGCACAUGUAUAUUAAAGCAAUGUACUCCUGUGGAGAGGUGGGGGUGUAAACGCAUACAGUUAUGUACAGUAGUGGAUGACAAUACAAUAGAAGGGGAAAUCCAUAAAUUUUGAGUUUGACGAGUUUGACUUAGGCGUGUCACAAUAUACCGGUAUCGACAAUAAUCGUGAUAUUAAAAUUAUGAUUAUGAAUGACUUAAAAACGUUUGGUGUUACGAGUCACAAUAAACACUUGAAUUAGCCAAAAAGACAAAAAUGGACAAUUCCAGCGAUAUGGAUGUGACAUAUUCAUUCAAUACUUGAAAAAUGAUUUCUCAAAGAAUGUAUUUAUUUCCAAAAGCCCUAUAUUGAAUCAGCUGAUUAUAUGUUACAAAACCCCUGAUGAUUCGGCCAGACAUCAGACAAAUAUCAGUUUUUACACCAUUUUUCUAUAUUAAUAGAGGGGGAAAUUCAUGUGUUAUGGAUCUGACAAAAAAGGAUGCACGUUUUUGUGAGACAACAUAUUUUACAUAAUUUCUGUCAAUUAAAAUCUGCAAACCAGAUGCAAUAAUACCCAACAAAUGGAGAAGGGAGGGCUCCUUAUAUAACAUUGAAUAGUUAAUUUAUUUUCAUGUGCCCAUUUUUGAGGAAUAUGGACCGUUGUGAAUGUGACAAUUCCUUUAUGGAUGUGACUAUUUACUUAUCUGACUAUAAAAAACUAUUCUCUAUAAACUUCACUUGGGUAUUUAAUCACCGAAUAUUGACAUUUGGGUAAAUAUGGUGAAAACCUUUGGUAAAAACCUAAAUUUGUAUUUUCAUGGAAUUGCACUCUUAAAAAUAAAGGUUCUUAAAAGGUUCUACACAGCAAUGCCAUAGAAGAACCAUUUUUGAUUCCACGAAGAACCAUUCAGUAAAAGGUAGUUUAAAGAAAUAUGUCUUUCUUUCUUUUUUAUAAUCUGAAGACAUUUUUGUGAAACAGAAAGAUUCUUCAGAUGUUAAAGGUUCUUUAUGAAACCAAAAUAUUCUUCUUUGGCAUCAAAGAAAGUUUUGAAGCACCUUUUUUAAGAGUGUACAAAAUAAACUAAAAAAUAUGUUUUUGACUAAUAUCAUUAAUUUAUUUAAAAAAAAAUGCUAACAUAAUAUUACUAGAGUCUUUUUGCCAUGAUAACUGUGUGUGUGGUGAAAAUCAGAUUUUGUGGCAGCCCUAGCUUGACUACACAUCAUGGGUGUUUCCCCUUGUAUUGUAGAGAAUGUUUGAAGGAAAGUGUAUUUUUGAUAUGCCUCUGGCAAACUAUCUCCUGGUUUCUACUUUUGAAUAAAGUGUUGUGUUUUGUUCGUGCAUGCACAUCUCAUGGUCCAGCCGCUUCUUGGAACUGCACCGAGAUAUUACGACAGCACCCCAUUAGAUUCAGAUGGUAAUGUUUUUUGAUCAGACAUAAAAAAAAUGAAAAAGUUCAGGAAUGUAAAUUCUGUUAUCAUUUACUGGUGUAGACUGUUUCAUAAAGAAGAUCUGGAUAUUUUUUCACUAAAACCGAUCACGGACUGACUGGUAAGCCGAAGAUAUUUUCUCUCUGACAUUGUUGGGUGAUUUAUUAAGUGUGAGUCAUAAUGUACUGCCAUUGUAUUCAAUCCACUCAGCAGGAUAUUGAAAUGAUUUCUGGAGGCAGGAAGUUAUACAUCUUUGAAACAACAUGUGGGAGAGUAAAUUAUUAACAAUGUCAUAUUUGGGUGAGCUGUCAAUGUAACCUGGUGAAUGGGAUGAAAGAUAAGACUGAUGCAAAGUUUUGUCAUUUCUACUUGCACUUAUCAUCACUUCACCUCUUUAAAUACAACUAAGGGUGUUUACAUAUUCUAAAUACAUCUAGCAUUAUUUGUUUAUUUAUCUAGUUAAUCCAAGAGGUGACCUAGUAUAAAUACAUGAUUAAAGCUGUUGAAAGUAUUAGAUUUUGUUAAAAAGAGUUUUUUUUUUCAUAAAGCUUGGUGUCCAGGAGCAAAAAUGUGAACAUUAGGUUUGUAUACAUGUGUUCAUAUGACAUACUUUUUCCCUUCAGUAGUAUAUGCUAGUACAUAAAUUCUGCCAGACUAAAUAUUGUACAUAAUAGCUAAUCUCACUGUGUACAUUUGACUUAAUAUGAAAAUAAUUGUAUGUUAUUUAGAAUUUGCCAUGAAACAUGCCAUAGCAUCAUGAGAAAAGCAUGCAUGGUCUGACUCAGCAAUUCUGAACUCAUAUCUUACAAUUGAUGCUCUCUGUUUCAAUUUGGGCAAGGGACACAAAAAUGGAACUGGUUUUGGUAUCUU